CAUGAGGCAUUGCUGGGCAAUCGCAGAUCUUCUCUUAGCAAGCGUCCUUAUGGGCAAUGCCUGUAGGCAUUUCUGCGUUCCUCAAAACCUUUGUUUGUAUGAGGCACCAAUUUUUGAUUACCGCUCAAGUAAUUGCGGAUUUAAUCAUGUUUGUUGUGAAAUUUUACGAGAGAAUUUUUAUGAGGAGAAAAAGCCUGAUAGGCCGCCGCUUUCAAUUAAACCAAAUGGCCCCGAAGAUAAUGAGGCAGGAGCAAAUAGAAAACAUAAACCACCAUCGACUACACGCGGACCCGCCGAGAAUAGACCAAAUACUAACACCGGAAACUCAUUUGACCAAGGAGAACCCCGGAAGCAAGUGGAAAAUCGCUCAAGUGCUAGCACGGGAAACAACCUUUUCCCAGGUGGACAAGAACCACAAAGAAUAGUGAAGCACUACGGUGGGCAUCCAACAACCACUGUUAAGCCCCCGACGCAAGUGGAAAACCCCAGUGCUAGCUCGGGAAACAACCUUUUCCCAGGUGGACAAACACCAGGAACCAACACAAAUCUUCCAGAUGCGCCACAAGGAAUAUUAAACAACUACUACUUUCCAACCAACGUUGGAAAUCUACAGCCAUUGUCAGCAGAUUGCGGCAUGAGCAACCCAAAUGGCUUGCAAUUUACAGGAGUCACCUGGGAUCAAGCACGACCAGCACAGUAUCCCUGGGCUGUAGCUCUUUUCCACAAAGGAAAGUACUUGGCUGGCGGAUCUCUGAUUACACCAGAUGUCGUUCUAACAGUAGCUCACAGGUUGGUAUCAGUCAAAAACAGCCUUUUGGUCAGGGCCGGCGACUGGGACUUGAAAUCCGAUCAAGAGUCAUUUGUGUCUGAGCAGCGCGAAGUGGUAAAGGUAGCGAUCCAUGAAGGAUUUAUUUUCUCAACAGGUGCCAACAACGUGGCGCUUCUCUUCCUAAAAUCGCCCUUCCAACUAAGUGACCACAUUAGAACUAUCUGCUUACCUGCACCAAGUAAAUCGUUUGAAGGACGGCGUUGCACGGUGGCCGGUUGGGGAAAAAUGAAAUUCGAGGAUCAAACAUAUUCGAGCGUUCUGAAGAAGGUUGAGGUGCCCAUGAUAAACCGAACCGUCUGCGAAAACCAAUUGAGGACAACCAGGAGGUUCCCCGUAAACUAUCAGCUCCCGGAGAACCUCAUUUGCGCCGGAGGAGAGUUCGGCCGCGAUGCCUGCACCGGGGAUGGAGGAUCGGCCCUGUUCUGUGAAAAGGGAGAGGAAAACUCUGGUAUCUACGAGCAGGCUGGUAUAGUAAACUUUGGCAUUGGGUGCUCCCAGGAAAACAUCCCGGCAAUAUAUACUGAGGUGUCCCAGUUCAUUUAUUGGAUUCGAGAGAAGUUACUGUCUUUUGAUUAUAGGAGUAUUCAUUGAUUCAAUGAAUAAUAUAAGCUCUUUAAAGCUGUUACACAAAUUAUAUUUGUAAAACCUCAGUGACUUUAUAAGCUUCUUUAUACAAAAUGGGAUGUACAACAAGACAAAUAAACUCUUUUACUUCUUUGUUAGUUGAAUAUACAUACAACUAGGCAGAAAUAGUGGAUGUGUCGAUAAGACAUCAAUUAUUAGAACAACGUAAUCGCAAUGAGCAAUAAUAA